AUGAUAGAUGAUCAGGUUGUCCCGGCUCUGGAUCAGAUGGCACGAUUUAGGCGUCAGAGAAACGGUCCUUUCAGGCACCUUUGGUGGGCACAAGAUGGUGCCCCUGCUCACAGGACAAGGAUUGUGAUGACCAGGUUGAGAGAACUCUUCCGGAACAGGAUCAUCGCUCUGAACGAACCUGUGGAGUGGCCACGUCGAUCCCCGGACCUAACACCGCUUGAUUUUUUCGUCUGGGGUUACCUCAAGUCUCGGGUGUACCAGAGCCCACCUGCGAACCUCAACGACCUACGAGAGAGGAUCAGGAUUGAGAGCGAAGCACUUGGGAGAGACAGGCGCAUGCUUCGUCGAGUGUUUCAGGAGAUGCUCCAUCGCGCUAGAAAGUGCAUCGAAAGGGACGGAGGUCAUGUCGAGGAGUAG